GCAAGUGAAGACGAACAUAAGACAAUUUUGGGCAAUUAUUCAGCUAUAAAUAAUUACAUAUAUACGACACCAAAAAGACGAGCUAUGAGAAAUGAGCGGUCUCUGUUACCCUGUGACGUUUGUAAUAAGUCCUUCGAUCGACCGAGUCUUUUAAAAAGACAUAUGAGGACACAUACAGGCGAAAAACCACACGAAUGUUUGGUAUGCGGCAAAGGAUUUAGCACAUCAAGUUCUCUUAAUACGCAUAGAAGAAUUCAUUCAGGAGAAAAGCCUCACGAAUGUCAAGUAUGCGGAAAAAGGUUCACAGCGAGCAGUAAUCUAUAUUAUCACAGAAUGACCCAUAUAAAGGAAAAACCACAUAAAUGUAAUUUGUGCUCGAAAUCAUUUCCCACACCCGGAGACUUAAAAGCACAUAUGUAUGUGCACAGUGGCUCUUGGCCUUACAAGUGCUCAAUUUGCCACCGCGGAUUUUCCAAGCAAACUAAUCUAAAGAAUCAUUUAUUUCUACAUACAGGUGACAAGCCGCAUGGUUGCCCGAUAUGUAGCAAAAAAUUUGCACUGGCGUGUAAUUUAAGAGCACAUGUGAAGACUCAUGAAGGGUAUCUUCAACCGGAUUACAAUAAAGAAUGCCUUCGAUGUGCAAGCAAUAGUGUUAAUAUGGACAGAAAAUACUGUAAGGGAUGUACUUCUAUAAAUUGUUCCACAAAUGAUAUUGACAAUUCUUUGGUGGAUAGAGAAGCUAUUACAAAAGAAGACUUUGAUACUUUUUUCUUGCAAAUUUAGUGACUGAUUUAUCGAGUGACAUUUUUUAAAGUUUUGUAAUC